AUGGCGCGCAAUCAUACUACCAGGCCUCCGCAUCGGCAUCAAGGUAGUCGCAGUAGCGCUUCUUCUCGCGGCAAUCGCAGUAGUCAGAUCAGUCGCACGCCCACUUCCACCAGCAGUUCGCGGGCUUCCUCCAAGCGUGCCGCUUCCAAUGUGCCCUCUGGUCCGAGCAGGCCUCGCGAACAGGUCCGAAGAGGACCUUUUCUGGACACGUCGACGGACACGCCUUCCGAAGCUCGUAACGAAGCCGAAGAGAAUGAUGAUACAUUGAUCGAGGUUAUCAUGGCCGUUGAUCUGACGCCGCGUGGUACGGUGGGAUGUUGUUACUAUGUCGCAAGAGACGAGAAGCUGUACUUCAUGGAAGACAUUCAGUGUGGAGAUGUUGAUGUCAUCGAAGCCCUAAGAACAUUCAUCGAGCCAACAGUGAUUCUGGUAUCGACAAAGAUUGACGACAAGCUGAUUGAGCGCUUUGAUCCAGAGGCUGAGAAUGCCGACUACGCACAUAGUGACAAUGAUCAAUUUCGCCUUCCAUUCAUCUUAGAGGUGAGACCACCAAAUGAGUUCUCUUACGAGGUUGGGAAAAACAAGCUCGUCAGUCUGCGCCUAGGCCUGGAACAUGGUACUCGCGUCAGCUUCAGAGUUCCGGGAGAGAUCGUUCCCAUGGAUCACUUGGAUGAAGAGGGGACGAUAGGUCAACAAGGUCAACUGCUCCGGCUCGCAGGUUGGGUCGACCUUGAAAGUCGUUCCACAGUUGGCUGCGCCGGAGCACUCGUAUCGUAUCUUCAACGUCGACGCGCUGUUGCAUACCUUCCAGGUGACCAUGCAGCAUACUUGGUGUUCCGUAUCGCAACUUUGGAGAUGUUCAGUCUACGAGAGACGAUGUUCAUCAACGCAGACACACUUCACUCUCUACAGAUCAUGGGUGCCGAAUCCCAUCCGCAUUCGCACAAUAAAGGGCCCACCAAAACCAGAUCUGGUGAAAAAGAGGGCCUGUCUGUGUAUGGUCUAUUCCACCACCUAGCGCGGACGCCGCAAGGAAGAUUCCUACUUCGGCAGCAGUUCCUUCGUCCUAGCCUCAACCUCGAUGUGAUCAACGAAAGGUUGAGCGCUCUCGAGGUCUUCACCCGCCCAGACAACGAUCCUCCGCUACAGAGUCUCGUACAAAGUUUGAAGAGUGUUGGCAACAUGCGUGUCAUGAUGGUGAAUCUGAGAAAAGGUGUGGGUGGUUCGACAAAAGGGGCUAGAGGCUUCUCCAAAAGCAUAUGGACAGCAAUCCGAGCGUUCGUAUUCUAUGCACUCAAGCUCAAGGACACGCUGCUGGAUAUAAUCCGUGGAGAGACUUUGGCAAUUAGGAACAAGGUGAUUGAGCAAUUUGAAGGGUACCAUCUGGCUCAGAUCGGAAGGAGGAUCAGCGAGACCAUUGACUUGGAACGCUCGACAGAGGAAGGUCGCACCAUCAUCCUACCAGGGGUUAACGAGGAGCUGGACCAGAUGAAGCACACUUUGGACAGUCUCGACGACUUCCUCAAUCGAGUUGCGCGGAAGCUGUCCGAAAAGAUGCCUUCUGACAUCAGAGCUACGCUGAAUGUCAUCUACUUUCCGCAGGUCGGCUUUCUCUGCACUACCCCCAUUGAUCAAGUGACCGGGAACGCGGUCUAUGACGGUACUUUCGACAGUCCUUGGGAGAGGAUGUUCUCUACCGAAGAGCAAGUCUACUUCAAGAACAGCGAAACGCGAGAAAUGGAUGAUCACUUCGGUGACGUUUACGGUAUCAUCUCGGACCGCGAGAUUGAGAUCAGCCAUGAGCUCGCUCAGUUCUUGCUGCAAUAUGAAGAACUGUUGACAUCCUGUUCGGACAUAUGCGGAGAGCUGGAUAGUCUGCUAGCCUUGGCGCAAGGCGCGAAGAUCUACAAGCUCUGUCGCCCUCGUAUGACACGCGAGAAUGUCGUACGCAUCGAAGGGGGUCGGCACAUACUGCAAGAACUUACUGUACCAUCUUUCGUCGCGAACAAUACAUACUUGAGAGGCGGCGAGGGUGAUAGAAGCUUUGAAGAAGCCGAUGGGAACUGCGGCACCAGGACUCAAACACUCACCAGCUCUGCAGCUCGCCUUGCAUACGAGCACAAGAACAGCCCAAGUAUGCUCGUUCUAACUGGACCUAACUACUCGGGCAAAAGCGUCUACCUCAAACAAGUCGCCCUCAUCGUAUACAUGGCGCAUAUCGGAAGCUUCGUUCCUGCAGACAGCGCAAAGAUCGGACUGACAGACAAGAUCCUAUCUAGAGUCACGACCCGCGAAACAGUAUCUCGUGCCCAGAGUGCCUUCAUGAUAGAUCUCCAGCAGAUAUCACUCGCACUGAGUCUAGCUACUCGCCGAAGCUUACUCAUUAUAGACGAGUUUGGCAAGGGGACUGAGUCCAGUGAUGGAGCCGGUCUAGCAUGCGCAGUCAUGGAACACUUACUAAGCUUAGGCUCCGAGCGGCCAAAAGUGAUAGGUGCCACGCAUUUCCACGAAAUAUUCGAGAUGGGCCUACUCAAGCCUAGGCCUGCGCUUGCCUUCGGCCACAUGGAGGUACGCAUCGAUGUCGAAGCUUCGGAAGUCAGCGAUCAGAUAACGUACCUCUACAACUUCCGCGAGGGCCGCAGUACUUCAAGUUUUGGUACAUGCUGUGCGGCUUUGAACGGCGUUCCUCCAGAGAUCGUUCAACGUGCAGAGAACCUCAUACUGCUUUCUAUGCAAGGUGAGGAUCUUGUGGCUGCCUGUUGUCAGAUGCCAGAAGAUGAAGCUGCGGAACUCGAAGAAGCGGUAUGUGACAUCAUGCGUCUGAGAGUACUGUUUAAUGUGAAAUUAGGAGCAAAUUGCGAGAGGCUUCCUUGA